ACAUUUGCCUCGCUUUGCCUUUUGCGACUGCAGUUGUGUUUGUGUACCACGAACAUGUUCCGCCCGUGUCAUCACCAUCACCCGUACCCCGCGGCCCUGGACCACGAGACCGAGGCAGACCGCUAGACUGGACGAUCUUCUACCCGCUCGGAUGGCCGUAUUUGCCUUUAUUGCGCUCAAUACGUUCGGCGACCUGCUGACGUUCGGAAGUGCACUGUGGUCAGUUGGUGUGUGUGGUGGUUCAUGGUCGGAAUGCAGAUCGCAGUUAGCUGUACGGCGAAGGGAACGGUUAUUUGAGGAACUCUUGGAACGCUGCUAUCGCGACAACGAAAACGGCACAGGGAAGGAGAUAAAUAUGUCCUCCGAAUCGAUAGAUAGCUGUGAUUUUGCGUACCCCGAGGGCACUGCUUCUCCCGGUUCGGUGAGCCUGGACAAGAGCAGCGCGACCGACGUGGUUUACAGGGAGGAAAGUAUCACCGAAGUAUCGCCCGGAUUGUGCUUCGUAGUGGCCGGCACGGUGCUGCUAACUUGCGAACGCUUCUCCGUGAAUUUGAUGCUGAAAAACGACGACAUUGCGCUUCACGUUAACCCGCGGCUGCCGCAGAACUACAUCGUGCGGAACUGUCGCGUGAAGCGCUGCUGGGGACGCGAAGAGGUGGCAUCGCCGCUCGCCUUUAACCUGCACCGAGGCCACCGCUUUAACGUGCAGAUUCUGGUGACCGACGACGAGUUUCUGAUCUGCGUCAACGGGCGCCAUUGCAACACGUUCAAGCACCGGCUACCGUACCGGAAGAUUUGUGCGCUCGAGGUGCGGGGAGAUGUGCGGGAUGUGGCCGUCGAGCAGUGCUACAUGGAAUGCUAUCCGCAGCUGGAGCUCGAACUGAUCCAGCAGCGCAGUCCGGAAGAGCAGCGCGCAAUCGGCGGUGAACGCCUGGCGUGCGACGAGAAGAGCUGCAAACCGAUGCCUUACACGGGUGUGCUGCGGGAACCGUUCACCGAUGGCAAAAAACUACACAUCUACGGGCGGGUCAAGCUGCUGCCACACUCGUUCUACGUGAACCUGCAAACCAGCGGGUACGUGUGGCCCCAUCCGAACAUCCUGUUUCACCUGAACCCACGUUUCGGCAGCGUUGGCGGCCGGCACGUGAUUUGCCGCAACUCGUGGCGCAACGGGAAGUGGGAGCGCGAGGAGCGGUCGGAAAACAUGUCCGACUUUAUGCCCGGCAAACCGUUCCACCUGCAGAUCGACUGCACCGACGGCAGCUAUCAGGUUUCGCUCAACGGCAAUCUAAAGGCGGAGUUUCUGCAUCGCGACAAUCCGCGACUGGCCGAAGCCAUCUACAUUCAAGGCGACAUUAAAGUUUACGAUGUUUUUGUGGAGAAUGUCUACUAAAUGUCGAUUCAAACGAGUGCUCUUUGCUCAUACAAUAAGCGCGUAGGCUUAGUUACUUAGAUGUAGGUAGUAGGAGUGUUAAUGCUAAGCGUUACCAAAUG